AUGAGCAUCCUCAAGAACCUCCCAGCCUUCUGCAUCCUAUGUGCCACUCUCUUCUUUGCAUCAACCAAUGCAGCUAGAUUCGAUAUCCGAAACAACUGCCCCUUCACAGUCUGGGCAGCAGCCGCGCCAGGCGGUGGACGCCAACUUAAUAGAGGCCAAAGUUGGGCCCUAGAUGUGCGUGCCGGAACCCAAGGGGCUCGCAUUUGGGCCCGAACCGGAUGCAGCUUUGAUGGAGCCGGACGUGGGAGAUGUCAAACAGGUGAUUGUGGGGGUGUCCUCCAAUGCCAAGCCUAUGGCCAACCUCCAAACACCCUAGCUGAGUACGCCCUUAACCAGUACAACAACUUGGAUUUCUUUGACAUUUCCCUUGUUGAUGGCUUCAACGUCCCUAUGGACUUUAGCCCCACGUCUAAUGGGUGCACCAAGGGCAUCAGAUGUACCGCUGAUAUUAAUAGGCAGUGUCCUAACCAACUGAGGGCUCAAGGAGGCUGCAACAACCCUUGCACUGUGUUCAGGACUGAUCAAUAUUGCUGCAAUUCUGGGAGCUGUGGCCCAACAGACUUGUCUAGGUUUUUUAAGGAUCGGUGCCCGAGUGCUUAUAGCUACCCUAAGGAUGAUCCAACGAGCACAUUUACAUGCCCUGGCGGGACCAACUAUAGGGUUGUGUUCUGCCCAUGAAGCAGAUUCAUUUUCUAGGUCUAUAAUAUCUAUGAAUAAGUCUGUGAUCAAAUAAAAUUAUGGUCUGAGCUCAGGGCUUUGUCAUCAGCAUAUGUGGUGUGCAUUAUGUAGCAGCAUAUGUAAUGGUGUGCAUUAUGUAGCACAAAGUACUUGAACUCUCACACUUGAGUUCAGUCAUAUCAUAAUUAACAUCAAAGAUGAAUGUAUCCUGCUUUGGAUUCAGAAUAUUUUUCUUAAUA